AUGGAUGUGUCUCACAUUCUUUUAGGACGCCCGUGGCUAUAUGACCAUGAUGUCACUAUCCAGGGCCGAGCAAACAACCACAUCUUCAAGCAUGAGGGCAAGACCAUCUUACUUCGUCCUGUGAAGCUUGAGCCUAAAGCAAAGGGUCCAGCCCCCACGAAAGGAUCCACCUCUAAGCCUAUCAACCUUCACCUCCUUACGGAGAAGCAGUUCAUCGAAGAAAGUAGAGAGGUUGAUGUCAUCCUUGCCGUUGUUUCCAAAGUCCUCUCUCCUCCUACACCAACACCUGACAGCCUUCCAAAAGAAGUGACCCAACUCUUGGAUGAGUUUAAAGAUGUUACACCUGAGGAGUUACCUCCUGACUUGCCACCCAUGAGGAACAUCCAGCACGCGAUCGAUUUGGUUCAGGAUCACAGCUCCCCAGCCUUCCACACUAUAGGAUGA